CCUCCUAAGAUAGUCUAAAAUUAGACCUGGCACAGUGCCUCUUACACAGCCACUGGGUCAAACCUCACACCUGUGGAGUAGCUCAAGUCUGUGUCACAGCGAUCAUAUCAAGUCACAUGUUAAAUCUGUCAACCAUACAAUAUAUUAACCAGCCAAGCAAACACAACCUCUGCUAUAACAAAACAUUGUCUCAGUAGAACACUUAAUAGUUUGAGCUCGUUAGACUUCUUGUUUGGAAGAAAAUAAAUGGAUAAAAGUCGGAAAACCUCAACUUUUCGCCACAAGAAAGCUGAAGAUAUGGAAAAGCGGAAUGACCAUGGUCUCCCCCUCCAGGAGAACUUACAGCCUGAAACCAAAGCUGGUAAAACCAUCUGUACAAGGGCAAAGGAGAAGAAAAAAUUGCACAAACCUGACAGCAGUAAAGUAGGAGAACAAGUUACACCAAGAUCACAGAGUCAGCGGCCUACCGCUAAGAUCAUUGAAAAGCCAAAUGCAACAACAACCGCUAAAAUCAAGAAUAAAUCCUCUUCCACCACUACAGCCAAGAAGCCACCAUCAAAACAGACAAUGCGUUCAGUGAAUGGAGGUCCUGGGCAUUUGCCAUGUCCUAGCAAGGAUUCCGAGAGAGAAAUGGAGAUUCGGCUUCUACAGAUGGAAUGUGAUGAACUGAGAACCAGGCUGGGAUGUUUAAAGGAAGGAUUAAUGGGUCAGAAGCCAAGUGAUGUGGAACAGUUGCUCAAACAGUCCCAAAAAGAGCUGCUUUGGCUUCAGAGGCAACUGUCAUUCAUCUCCAAUGGAGGACCAGGCUGUAUUAUGUCCCCAGACAAGUUCAGAAAUGAUCUCCAGUGCCUGCCACCAUCUGUGCAACAUAGAACGUACAACCAGAUUCAUUUCCUAGAAGAGAAAUCGCGCCCUUUUAAAUCCGAUGUUACUGGGGUAUCUCCUGAGAAGGUGCACUGGAGUUUUCUAGAAGAUGAGUUAAAAGAUGCUGUUCAAGACAAGAGUCGCUUAAGCUUUCAAUAUGCCAGCCUGUCCCGCAAAGCAUUGCAGUAUGACCAGGUGAAGUUGGACUAUGAGCAGCUCAGAGAGACCCUUACCAUAGUCACCAAAGAACGAGAUUUGGCUGUGAAGGAGAAUUACCAGCUCCAAGCCAAACUGGAGAACUUAGAGCAGGUCCUAAAGCAUAUGCGAGAGGCUGCUGAACGGCGGCAACAGCUGGAAUUAGAGCAUGAGCAAGCUUUGGCCGUCCUCAAUGCAAAACAGCAGGAGAUUGAGCUUCUACAAAAGGCUCAGGUCGAAGCCAAGAAGGAACAUGAAGGUGCAGUUCAUAUGCUAGAGACCACUUUGGACAGCAUGCAGGCCAAAGUUCGGGAGUUGGAAGAGAAAUGUCGGACACAGAGUGAGCAGUUUAAUCUCCUCUCCCGAGAGUUGGAAAAAUUCCGUCAGCAAGCUGGCAAGAUUGACUUGUUGAGUGGCAACACAAUUGGUUCUUUUGAUGUCCCAGGUUCCCCCAAUAAAACUCUCACCCAGUUAAUGAAUGGAAUAGCCACCUCCAUUGGGAAAGGGCAUGAAAGUGCAUCUGGUAGCCGGUCAGUGAUUUCUGAGUUUAUUCGCCCACUUCAGAUCACAGGGGACAAGCCAGAGCAGUUGUGUGUCAAACCUACUUUCCUCUCAAGGUCACGGUCUACUAGCCCAAGGCACAGGUUUGAGUCCGAUAUGGAUAAUGAACAGAAUACUAAUACCUCAAAGCAAAGAUACUCUGGGAAAGUCCACCUUUGUAUUGCACGGUACAGUUAUAAUCCCUAUGAUGGACCAAAUGAAAACCCUGAGGCAGAACUUCCCCUGGUGGCGGGAAAAUACCUCUAUGUGUAUGGAGAUAUGGACGAGGACGGCUUCUAUGAAGGAGAGCUGCUAGAUGGGCAAAGAGGACUAGUCCCAUCGAAUUUUGUGGAUUUUGUGCAAAAUGAUGAAUUUCAUGUGUCAAGCAGCACCUUGGCCAGUGAACAGGAAGAGAAUUUCCUUAACCAUUCUGCACCGCUUCUUCAAGGGGAACACAAGUUGGAGAGUGCACCACCUAUACACAUAGAGUCCAGCAUGCUAAACAAUGGCACAGGGACCAUUGAUGUUAACAUUGAUGAGAUUGGAGAAGACAUUGUGCCUUAUCCUCGGAAAAUAACCCUUAUCAAACAACUCGCCAAAAGUGUUAUUGUGGGCUGGGAGCCACCUCUAGUGCCACCAGGCUGGGGUACUAUCCACAGCUAUAAUGUGUUGGUGGGAAAAGAGGUCCGUGCGACACUGAGUUUUGGAAGCAGAACGAAAAGCCUCAUUGAGAAACUGGAUCUUGCCACGGUUACAUAUCGCAUUUCGAUCCAGACUGUUACAGACCGGGGAAACUCUGAUGAGCUACAAUGUACUUUGUUGGUUGGGAAAGAUGUCAUUGUGGCACCUUCUCAUCUGAAAGUAGACAAUAUUACUCAGAUAUCUGCUGAACUCAGUUGGCUCCCCAGCAACAGCAAUUACAGCCAUGUCAUAUUCCUCAAUGAAGAGGAAUUUGACAUUGUGAAGGCUGCAAGGUACAAGUACCAGUUUUUCAACUUGAAGCCCAACACGACAUACAAGAUAAAGCUCCUUGCAAAGCCCCACCAGAUGCCAUGGCAGCUUCCUCUGGAGCAGAGAGAGAGGAAAGAAGCCUAUGCAGAGUUUACUACCCUACCAUCAGGACCCCCCAUACCACCUGACAAUGUUUCCGUGCACCCUGGCCCAACACCUGUUACCCUGCUAGUUACCUGGAAAGCACCAGUGCUGUCACCAACUGGAACCUCCAAUGGGGCAAAUGUCACUGGCUUUUGUGUGUACGCAAGAGGUCAAAAGGUUGCUGAAGUAAUAUUUCCUGCGGCGGAGAAUAUUGUUGUGGACCUCCUGAGAAUCCUCAAUCUGGAUGCCAGGGAAGUUACAGUGAGAACCCUUUCAGCACAAGGAGAAUCUGAUGACUCUUGCACUGCUGUUAUUCCACCUGAGUUACUGGUGCCUCCUACACAACACCACCCAAGGACUAUGCCCAAAUGUAAGCCAUUAGCAAGUGCUGGAGUGUCAGAUACCAAAGAAGAGCAUGUAUGCCCACACAGGAAAGUGGAUGAGUCUUGGGAAGAAACUCACAAUGUACCUCCAGUCCAUGGACAUACACUGGAGCCUCCAACAUCAAAUUUCCACAGCCCCACUCAUGCUAGGAGGUCUCCCUCUCCCCAAAGGAUACUUCCACAGCCACAGGGCACACCUAUUUCUAACACGAUGGCCAAAGCUAUGGCAAGAGAAGCUGCUCAAAGAGUUGCAGAAAGUAACAGGAAUGAAAAGAGAAGUUUGUUCAGCGAAAGAAGCAACUCAAUGCACUAUGCUAACUCAGACGAGGAGGAGGAGGAGGAUGGAUAUGACUCUCCCCGAAUGAAAAGGAAAGGUGCUUCUGUUGAUGAAUUUCUGAAGGGCUCUGAACUUGGGAAACAGCCACACUAUUGCCCAGGGGAUGAAUAUCACACAGAGAGUAGUAGAGGCUCUGACUUAUCAGACAUAUUGGAGGAAGAUGAGGAGGAAUUAUACUCAGAGAUGCAACUAGAAGAUGGAGGCAGGAGACGUGUGAGCAUCUCUUCUCACAACGCCCUCAAGUGCUCUAUGUCCAGCGCCAAAGACUCUGCUUUAAAGGAGCAGAUGGAUUAUUCCCCUCAACAUCAACACAGUAAAACACUAUUCAGUAUUCCCGAAGUUGCAGAAGAGGAAGGCGGAGAGCAUUCUGAUCUCUUGCAUAAGGGUGGUUCCUUAGGGAUGGCUUGUAAAGCCAGAACUAGGUCUAGUAAAAUGCCAAGGGCUAAUAGCCAAGAUGGCAGACAUCAAAGUCCAUGGCACAUUACUAAAUGUAAACACAAUGGAACUGCCCCUCCAUACUCGGAUGACUCAGUCUCUGAAGGGAGCAAAUAUGGAUCUCUCUCGAGAAGUCCAGACAGUGGCUUAGACUGUGGAAGUGAAGAAGAAGAAGCCCGAUACCACCUCAAGAAAAACUACUGCCCAGAUUCAAGAAGUACAGCAUGUGAGCCACAUCUAAACCAUACAUGUUCAAGAGACCCCAAGCAGAUGCUGACCCGCAGGAAAACUCUAACGAGGCAAAGCAUUGUGGAGGAGGAUUUUGGGGAUGUAAGCUUAGACCUUGUAGAGAACAGUUCUAAUUACGAGAAGAAUGAAGAGAAACCGUGUGUUGGGGAUUUAAAUAACAGAAUCUGCACAAGCCGGAAUAUACAUUUGCAGCAGAAAGACUGUAGGGAAGCAGUUCUGAGGCCAACUCAUAGAGAAACAGAAAACUCUCUGCUUUUAGGUAAUCAUGCCACACUGGCUCGGAUGAACAGAGGAGAUCCUCCAUCGCGCAGGUUCCCUCACGGCAGUGCAGUGCCACAGAGACCACGGCCGAUGAUGGUCCCGUCCAUUGAAAUUACAAUGGACAGUAACAGUGAAGGUGGUCGUUCUCGGUCAGGUAGUGAGGGAAAUAUUUCACCUGUAAAAGAAGAAUCUUAUUAUCCCAGCAUUGGAGGACACAGGAAGUGGUCUCUGCAGCGUACCAGGGCCUCUGACGAUAGAUACGAUAGUUAUGGCAGCCGGGAACAGCUUUCUUCAGAAAUGUAUGAUGAGUCUGAGACAGAUGGUGGUAUGGAGGAUUUCCCAGUACGGAUAUUUGUGGCACUUUUUGACUACGACCCAAGAACCAUGUCCCCAAAUCCUGAUGCAGCUGAAGAAGAGCUUCCUUUUAAGGAGGGUCAGAUCAUUAAGGUGUAUGGUGAAAAAGAUUCUGAUGGCUUCUACCGUGGUGAGAUCUGUGGAAGAAUUGGUUAUAUUCCCUGCAAUAUGGUCUCAGAAAUUCAGGCUGAUGAUGAAGAGAUGAUGGAUCAGCUCCUCAAACAAGGAUUUCUGCCUUUGAAUACCCCUGUUGAAAAAAUUGUCAACAGUGAACGUUUCAAAGAGAGCUCUCGCUCUGUACACCGCAGAUCCAGAAAGUCUAAACGAGAGCGAAACAGGAGGAGCGGAAGGCAACAUUCAGUGUCCACAAGGAGAAUGGUUGCAUUGUAUGAUUAUGAUCCAAGAGAGAGCUCUCCCAAUGUUGAUGUGGAGGCUGAGCUAACAUUUUGUACAGGAGAUAUAAUCACAGUUUUGGGGGAAAUCGAUGAAGAUGGAUUCUACUAUGGUGAAUUAAAUGGGCAUAAGGGCCUUGUCCCAUCUAACUUUCUGGAAGAAGUGCCUGAUGACGUGGAAGUUUAUAUAUCUGAUGCACCCUCAAGGUAUUCUCAAGAGGUUCCAGUUAGGACAAAAGUGAAAAGGGCCCCAUCUGAGAAUACAGGUACACCAAGGAGAGCACCGUCGCCAACAGUCCACCUUAAUUCUAUGUCACCACCAUCUUCAAUGGGUUCAGGAAGCCCAAUGAGAGCCAGAGAACGGUCCUCAAAAAAGAAAAAAGGUCUACUAUCCAAAGGGAAGAAGCUGUUAAAAAAGCUUGGAGCUGUAAAAUGAACCAUCCCAGAAAUAUUAAAGCUCCAACUUUCCUUUAGGAUCAAAUGAUUGCGUUCACCAUUGGAGGAAGCACUCAAGCAAAUUCUUAACAAAUAAAAUAUUAAUAAAGCAAAUACUAGCUGGCUAAUAAUCACACAUCAGAGAUAACUUUCCAUACAAUAAAUACAAAUCUUACAGAUAAAAAAAAAAAGAAAAAUAUCUCUGGCCUGGUCUUGAAACGUGUAGCCUUGGUGUUUUUUGCCUUACUGAUGCACAAUGAUUUAUAAUGUUCGAUAUGUACUGGAUAUUUAUUUGUAUGUUGUGUGCAUCCAGUCUUAUUCUACCUGUAAUACUGCAAAUUAACAAUUCAUUGACCACUGUCCUUUUCAAACUGGAAUCAUUCAUUCAAUCAUUCAGCCAACCAUACUCCAUUAAUUUGAUUCUACAUAGUCCAUGUUUCAUAUUUGGUCCAUUAAACAACAGUAUCUAAAACAAAUACUAAAUAGUAUUAUCAUCUACAGUCAAUAAAACAGGUAAAAAUAUGUAUCGGUCAAUAGAAUAAGUCCACUUAUAUUUUCAGAUUGGCAACAUUUAAAGUAUAAUCACCAUCUAGUCACAAUUUUGUAAUUACAGUCCAUUUGUAAGUUGUUUUUAUACAUUAUUUUCAGACUGCCUUUUUUUGUAAAAUGAAGGUUUACAAUGAAAACAAAUUAACACUCCCUUCAUUGUGUCUUUAAAAUGUACAUAAACUGUAAAAUACUGUUGUGCUAGAGUUAUGAAACUGAAACGUUCCUGGCCUCAAUGUGAUUAAAGUAUCGUGUGAGUGUGUGCAUGUGUACAUUUGAUGUGUAAAUUAUUUUAUAUAUAAAUAAAAUUUGAUAUUUUGUAAAAAAAAA